UAUAUCGACAAGAAUCUCAGAAUAUUCAAUUACAAAAUAAAAGUACAAAAGAAUGCUUGUUUUGAAUUACUAUAAAAAUGUAAUAUUGUUUGUGUCCAUAAGGGAACAUGAAAAAUAUCUUCAAAAAUAUAAGAAGGAAAUUAUGAAAUCAAUUGUCGGAAAAUCCCCACCCUAAUUUACAUUUGUUACCGUAUAUGCAUAUGCAUUUGACGUAGUUUGACGUACGGUAUUUAUGUUGUAUGUUAUAACCUUAAAGCUCACGAAGAAAUGUUACGCUCUACAUACAAAUGAGCAUUAUCUGUAAUAAAAUUCGCCUUAAAUAUCAUCAGUAUCGUCGUCUUAUAUUAUUGUAUUAGGUUUGAGAAUCAUUGUAUUGCAACAACAACAAUUAUUAUUAUUAUUAUUAUCAAAAAUAGAAAUAAUUUUGAGCGGGUAAUAUAAAUUCAUGGAAAAUUGUUAAUAAAAUGACAACAACUCAGAACAAUCCAAAAUCAAACGAACCGUAUCGUGAAUUGAAAGAAUCACGUGGCUCAGAAUUAAAUGUUAAUGAAACCCUAAAUCAUGGAAGAUAUAAUAAUAGCACCUUUGAAGAUAACGUUGAUCGUUCUAUUGAACUUUCCUCCAUAGUCGUUAUACCUGACGGGUAAUCAUGCUUAUUCAUCAUUUUUAACUUCAAAGAAGAUAUAACUGCAUGUAUCAAUUAAAUAUUUAAUAAUGCAUGAUAGAAUACCAUUAGGUUUACGAAGAUCGCUUUGACUAAUGGCUGCUCGAGUAAACUAAUACAAUUAUGGGGAAUUAUAACAUUGAUGUUAAUAGUAGAGAGAUACUUUCACAGUAGUCCAAGCUAUUAAUGAAUUGGGCUUUGGAAAGUUUCAAGUAAAACUUUCAUUGUUUACCGGAUUAUGUUGGAUGGUAGAUAGUAUGGAAAUAACUAUACUGAGUAUUCUCAGUCCAUCUUUACAUUGUGACUGGGGUAUUUCUCGGUAUCAACAAGCUUUAACGACAACGGUUGUCUUUCUUGGCAUGAUGUUAAGUUCUACAUUUUGGAGUAAUUUAAGCGAUAGAUAUGGCAGAAAGCAAGCUUUAACGUUAUGCGCAGUAUUAUUAUUUUAUUAUGCAUUUUUAAGUUCUUUUGCACCUAAUUUUCUUUGGAUAUUAUUACUGAGAGGAUUAGUCGGUUUUGCUAUUGGUUGUGUACCACAAUCGGUUACGUUGUACGCUGAAUUUUUACCAGCUAAACAGAGAGCCAAAUGCGUUAUUUUAUUGGAUUGUUUCUGGGCACUUGGUGCGUGUCUUGAAGUUGCAAUAGCAUUAAUAGUAAUGCCAAACUUUGGAUGGAGAUGGCUUCUUACCUUAUCAGCAAUCCCACUUCUUAUAUUUGCAUCUAUUACACCAUGGAUUCCAGAAUCCGCAAUAUUUGAUAUGACAACUGGUAAAAUAGAUAAAGCUUUAUCUACGUUGGAAAGAAUAGCACGAGAAAAUAAGAAACCAUUACCAUUAGGAAGAUUAAUUAUGGAUCGGUUUUAUCAAACUAAUCGCGGUAGGUUCACGGAUGUGUUAAGCAAGGAAAUGUGCAAGACUUCUACCUUACUUUGGCUGGUGUGGAUGGCUACAGCAUUUUGUUACUAUGGUGUGGUAUUAAUGACUACAGAACUAUUCCAUACGUCAUCAGAACAAUGCGGCUCAUGGGCAAGCGGGAAGAAAUUAGAGAAUACUUGUCAAUUAGAAUGUCGUUUAAGGCGAAGUGACUACAUAGAUCUUUUGUGGACUACAUUGGCAGAAUUUCCAGGAAUUUUUUCUACCGUGUUUGCGAUAGAAAAAAUAGGACGAAGAAAAACGAUGUCAUGCCAAUUAGUUAUGUUCUCGUUAGUUGUCUGUUUCUUAGGAAGAGCUUGUAUGUUGAGUAGAGCAGUGUUGACUAUAGGAAUAUUUUUAGCAAGAGGAUUAAUUGCCGGAGUAUUUCAAGCAGCAUACGUUUACACGCCAGAAGUUUAUCCGACGCAUUUACGAAGUGUAGGUGUGAGUGCGUGUAGCGCUAUGGCACGAAUUGGUGCUAUGAUAACACCUUAUAUAGCACAAGUUUUUCUACAAUGGUCUAUCACAGGAGCCAUGGCGACAUAUGCCAUUGCUGCUUUAUGCGCAGCAAUUGCUACGCUUGCCUUACCCGUAGAAUCUAAAAAUCAAAAUUUAAAAGAAUCCUCUAAAAAUGCUAAAUGAUUAAAGUUUGAGAAUGUUCUCAAUUAUACAAAUUUCAUUCAUUUUAUGAUCAUAUAUGUAUAUGUAUUUGCAUGACAAUAACUAAUAUUUAUUUGAUACGAACAUAUUUGUUAAUUUAUCCAAAUAGUUUAAUACAUGUUUUUUUAUAUUUACAUAAUUAUCAUGUUUAUUUCAUCAUAAUGCAAGUUUGAAAGAUACAAUAAUUAAGACAGACGUAGAAGCGAUGCACCAAGACUGAAAUGAGUUAUAAUAUAGAAUGUAUAGGUGCCAAAAUA